UUUCGGACAAUUUUAUUUUCCCUCUCCUGUGAGGAUCAUUUCCCUUAAGUUCACUCCGAAAUCAGGGAUGUCGCCGGACGCCGUGCCGAUCAAGCCGUUAGAUUUAGCUCUAACCUAUGUCUAGUUUGGAAUUCUGCAGGAACCUAAUUUUGUGUGGAGUGAAUAAUGGACAUAUUUAAGAUCAUAGUUCUCGUAGGAGUGUUUUGCUCUGCUGCCUCGGGCUAUGCUCACGAUGUGUUUGCUUCCUGUAUGAGAGCUUAUGAUGAAGGAGGUGCUCCAGCCUUUUUUAGAUUGCCUGAAUGCCCUCAAUGGAUUCUAUUGGCUUCCCCUGAGAAGAAAGCACUCAAAGAAGGGAACUGCCAGUUUGCUACACUUCAGGGCCACAGGAAAUACCAGGAAGACUGUGUUAUUUGCUAUCCUAAUGUAACAAUUCCGGUUUUAGAUGUCAGUGUUGCUGUGGGGGCAGUGUUUGAUGGUCAUGGGGGCAAGGAAGCAAGCAAGAUGGCUUCAGAAAAGUUUUUGGAUUACUUUUUCCUUCAUGUUGUAUUCAACACAUACAAGAAAUUGUUCCUCCAUAAGAAAGAUAAUGAAGAAAUAGAUAUCCGUAGCUUCACUCGUAAGAGUUAUAUUGAAGCAGUUCCUGUCAUAGAUGAUGAAUUACUGCGUGGCAUCUUAGAGACAGCCCUGUUGCAAACAAUCCAAGAUAUAGAUUCAGAAUUUUCUCAGGAAGCCAUGAACCAUGGCUAUAUUUCGGGAUCAACAGCAACAGUUGUUGUUUGGGUGAACAGACAGAUUUUAGUAGGAUCCCUCGGUGAUUCAAAAGCACUUCUAUGUUCAAGAAGAAAUCAUCCCGAUGCUGAAGGUGAACUGGAGUCAAAACUUUAUGCUAAGGAACUAACAAGGGAUCACCAUCCAGAUAGAGAAGAUGAAAAAGCUCGAAUAGAAGCAGCUGGGGGAGUUAUUCGUGUAUGGGGUGUUCCUCGUGUCAAUGGAAUAUUGGCUGUCACUCGAUCUAUUGGUGAUAUAUACUUGAAAAGAUAUGGUGUUAUUGCUGAACCGGAAAUAAAUUGGCGAAAUCUGACCAGCAAGGACUACUACAUAGUCAUCGGAACUGAUGGUAUAUUUGAGACUAUGGCUCCACAGACCGUGUGCAAUAUACUACAGGCUCAAGAAAAGGAGAUCCCCAACAACUCUCCUUUAUGUUCAUUAUCCUCCCUAGCAGAUUGCAUAGUCCACAAGGCAUUUGAUGAGGGCAGUAUGGACAACCUGUCGGUUAUUGUGAUUCCAAUAAAGAAGAAUGCAGCACAGUGAUAGUAGGUAGGUCUAAUCCAUUGAUUCUUUUGCUGUAGCGCAACAGAUGGAAUGACCAGUUCUCUGUUCUCUAUAUAUCUUGGGAUGCAUAGUUGUACAAAUACAAAAAUGCUUCUUUACUGAUACAUUUUAUUUUUUCUUUCUA